CAUCUUGAAGUAAAGAGCAACUGAAUAACAGUAGGGGUGUCCUGUCGCACAUGGAAUAACACAUUCACCAACCGAUUACAGACAACAUAGUCUAAGACUAAUCUGACUCUACGAGACGGUUUCUUCAUUUGGCAGGCGACUACAGUAGGUGCUAACACCCAUUGUGUACGUAAAAUCAUGCGUGCAAAAACACACCGGCAAUGCUUAGCCGGGUAGAUUAUUGUAACAAUUUGUACCACGGAUGUAAAUAUAGAGUCAACGUGCUAUGCUGGAAUUCACAUAAAUUAGGAGUACGAGCCCAAGAACUCGAGAAGACACAAGAAUGGACUUCAAUAGCAAUGGUACCCGGAUGUCCAUUUCAGACGUCUUGGCGAGGCAGGGGAGAAACGAUGGCAACCACCGCUGGUUUGUUGAGGUGACAAAUCUUGCAGACCGUGUUGUUCUGCAAGUUGCCGAUGCAAGAGAUGAUGUACAGAAAAGAACCUUCACUAAAUGGGUCAACGCACAUCUUAAAAAGCACAAGUCUAAGAAGAGUCCGAUUACACCAGUCCACGAUCUCUUCAAGGAUCUUAGAGAUGGAAGUCGACUCAUUGCUCUACUGGAAGUUCUUACAGGAGAGCCUAUUCUCCAGGAACGAGGCAAGUUGCGACUUCAUCGUCUGCAAAAUGUGGAAAACGCCCUCAACGUGCUGAAGAAGAGAAAGGUGUACUCAGUCAACAUUGGAAAUGUGGACAUUGUUGAUGGGAAUGUCAAACUUACCCUGGGACUCAUCUGGACCAUCAUCCUCCACUUCCAGCGGAAACUGAGUCUCUUCUUGUCUAGUAUCAGAAAUGCAUUUGUGGAUGUAAUUGCAUUAGUUCAACUUUAUACAAGUUCACUGUGCAAUUGA